CGCUGCGCUGUCACCACCCCCAUCUCUCUCUCUCUCUCUAUCACUCUCUCUCUCUUUCUCAGUGUCUCUAUCUCUCUUUCUCUCUCUCUCUAUCACCCUCCCUCUUUCUCUGUCUCUCUUUCUCACUCUUUCUCUUUCUCUCUCUCUCUAUCUCUCUCAGUGGGUGAAUCACUUUGCUCGCUGUAUCCAGGCUGUAAUCAGAUCAGUAACAGGGCGGCGUGUUUUUUGAUCCAGACCUACUACAAUCAUCAACAUCACCAACUCGGGUCUUCAGUCGUUGGUUCCAGCGAUCUGAUUGGCUGACUGUUGUAAACACCGCUGCUGAUUGGUCCAGAGUUGAGCGGCUAACGACCAGCUGGCGGUUUCCCCACUUUCACUGAGGAUCUCAGAGAGGAGACAUGGAGAUCUGCGGGGUCUGAUGUGAUGGGAGCAUGCCUGAGCUCUGCUGAACUGUUGUUCUGAUAUUAUUCUGGCUUCUGGACAACUUCUGGACCAGUCUGUGGAUUGGCUUCAUCUAAACUGGACUAAUUUUCCACAUGUACAGUAAGUUAUCCGACUACUUAACACAUCUCAAAGAGAAAAGAGACUGAGACGCCUCUUCUAGAACAUCCUGUCUUAAAACAUCUCUUAAGAAUACUGCAUGAGCUUGUAUGUGGUCAGGGCUGUUUACAAACACAUAGAUAAUGAAGUUUGAUGCCAGACAGUAAAGAGAAAAUUCUUCCCAGCAGCAACAGAGAGAGCUUUUACAGGGCAGAUUGAAAGUGAUUUAAAGUGAUACAGCUAACUAACUGGGCUGGAGGUAGAGUGAGGUAUAAUGAAGUACAGUAAGAUAGAGUAAAGUAGAGUAAGGUAUAGUGGAGUAGAGUAAGUUAGAGGGAAGUAGAAUGAAGUAGAGAGAGUCAGAAUGAGGUAUUGGGAGGUAGAGUGAGGUAGUGCAAGUGUAUUGAUAUAGAGUGAGGUGUAGUGAUUUCCAGAGUGAGGUAUAGGGAAGUAGAGCAAGUUAUAGGGAGGUAUAGUGAAGUAUAGUAAUUUAGAGUGCAGUAUAGUGAUAUAGAGUAAGGUAUAGUGAGGUAUUGGGAAGUAGAGCGAGUAAGAGGUAGGUAUAGUGAAGUAUAGUGAUUUAGAGUGCAGUAUAGUGAUAUAGAGUGAGUAAGAGCAAGGUAGAUGGAUGUUGAGGGAGGUAGAGCAAGGUAUAGUGAUUUAGAGUGAGGUAUAGUGAAGCAGAGUUAGGGAUUGGGAGGAAGAGUAAAGAAUAUUGAAGUACAGUGAGGUACAGUGAAGUAGAGUAAGUUGGAGUGAGGUAUAUUGAAGCAGAGUGAGUUAUGGUAAGGUAGAGUGAGGUAUCAAGUAGUAGAGGGAGGUAUAUUAAGUUAGAUUGAGGUAUAGUGAGAUGAUCACAUCAAGCUACUUCUUAGCCUGAGAAAAAUGAACCAAGCCAAGUACCGAAAAACCCUGGAGGAACCUAAACUAAUUAAUUGUGUUUUACACCAAUAUCGGGAGAUCCAACAGUGUUAUCGCAUAUUGCAUUUCUUAUCUGUGUCGUGCCCCCCUAAUUUCCACACAGCAGCAGUAUUAUGGACUUUGACGCCAGACCGUGACGAGGACCUUCUUGUGCAUCCUGUGCUCCAGUAAAACUUCAGCCACUGGUGGCAACCUCCGCCUGGACAAACCCCAGACACGUAAAAAAAAAACCUCUGACCCUCAAGCUGCGGACGCCUAAAUGCAGCGAGAAUGGGGACCAAGCAGUCUAAGGGCUUGGAGGCAGGGUCCAGCCCACUGCAGGGGAUGUGGAGACGGGCUCAGGACUCCAUUCUGCGCCGCUCUUCAUCGACUGACCGGUCAGAAAGCUCCGGGGUGCCACCCCCCUACCAGCGACGGGUCAGCAUGAUCCAGGAUGUUCUGCUGAUGGCCAAGGAGGGCAGGCAGGAGGAGGCCACUGAGCUGCUCAAAAACCUGAGACAGGAUUUGGGCAUGGAGUCGACGUCCCUGGAUGACGUGCUGUAUCGGUACGCCAGCUUCCGUAGCAUGGUGGAUCCCAUUACUCACGACCUCAUCAUCAGCCUCGCUCGCUACGUGCACUGCCCCAAAGAGGAGGGCAGUUCUCUGAGUGCGAUGGAGAAGGUGUGCCGUCAGCUCACCUACCACCUGAGUCCUCACCCACGCUGUAAGCGGCAGGGGCUUCUGAAGGGGAAACCUCAGGCCAGUCUGAAGGUGGUUCUCUCCGCCCCUCCUGCCGGCGGCACGCUUGACCUGUCCGGCCUCCCCCUCUCGUGGCGGGACAUGGAGCGUCUUGCGGUUCACUUGCAGCACCAUUCGUCCCGUGUGCGGAGUCUGGAGCUGAGCUUCACUGAGCUGACGGACGACGCCCUGCUGCUACUGCUGCCCACGCUGGCCUCCCUGCCAGCACUGGAGAGCCUGGCACUCAACGGCAACCGGCUGACUCGCGCCAUCCUGCGCCAACUCACAGACGCUCUAAAGGACCCAGGCAGCUUCCCAGCACUGGCCUGGGUGGACCUGGGCAACAAUGUAGACAUAUUUUCUCUACCGCAACCGUUCCUGAUGGGCCUGCGCAAACGCUGCCGCAAGCAGGGCAACCUGCCCACCAUCCAGGAGCAGGGCGAGGUCCAGCCAGGCGAACCCGAGGAGAAGGGGGGUGGUGUGAGGGUGUGGGCUGGAUGCGGGGCAUGCGGGAGUGUCAGUUUGGAUGAUAUUGGGGAAGAAGAGACAUCCACGUGGACUUCAGGAUCAGCUGAUGAGACAGGAUGACGGUGGGGUUGGUGUGUGUGGGAGCUGACAAGUGACUUUUAUAGCAGGUUAUGUAACAUUGGGACUCCAGUUGAGACUCCAGGUGGGCAUUAAAGGCAGUACUGUAAUUAUCCUCAUGUUUUUAGAAUCAAUUUGAUUUUUAACUCUAUUUUUAAUAUUUUAUGUGUUAAAAAAAAUAUUGCUGGGACUUGGACUCUCCACCACCGCCAUCUGUGAUUGGGAGUCCAAGAGAGCAUAAUUGGCCUGAAUCUUUCUGGGCCCUCUUCCUCUUCUUCACUCUUCUAGACAGUUUGAUGGUGGCCAAUGCAUGCAUCUGUUAACAGAUACAACAUAACUGGCAGCAUGUUCCUGCUUUGCGUCCAAUGAUUCUGGGUAGGCUCUGGACCCACCAUGACCCACACGAGGAACAAGCAAAUGAAAAUAUGGAUGAAUUAACUAAUGAUUUCAUUAUUGCAACAUGAUUUUACACUGACAUGCCAAAAGUCUGAAUUCAUUCUCUUUUUUUAAUUUAUUCCUAAUUUUCCUCCAUUUUUUUACCCCAAUUUAGUUGGAUAUUGGAUUGGAUAUGCCCCAUUACUAGUGGGGCAUAUCCUAUCACAUGACUGAGACCCAGACUUUUCUUGGUGUACACUGUUAAUUUCUCCUAGUUAUUUUUGGAAUAAGUAGGACUUAUCAAAUAUAAAAAAUAAACUUUGUCUUUGUACAAGAAGUCGUUUUUGAAACAAAAAAAAACCAAACAAACAAAAAAAAAAAAACAAUUUGCUCAUAUGAGGACAAUAGUUUAUUUUAACAUUUAAAUAUUACCCUUGCCAUUUGGGAUCAGAAGAAGAAAAGUAGUCCAAAAACUAAAUUUUAGCUUUCUACAGUAAGUAAAUAAACUAUUUACAAACAUAAAAUUGGAUGAGACACACAUGUUUUUAAGUGGACAUGGACAGUAUACACUUAGCAGAUAUUAGAGUGAGACAGGAUAUAAGUACAGCAAAGAAGGGAACAGUAAGUAUUAGAUGGUACUUCUUAUGAUGGGCGGAGCCACCACAUACAUUUCUCACACGUACUUAUUGCUUGGUGCACAAUUAGCAUGAGGGUCAGACAGCCAGCCAGCAGGGUCAGCUAUGAUUGUGGAUUUUUUAUUUUCUAUGCUUUUUUCUUUUUAUAUAAUCACACAAAGGCUGUCGCUGCCGAUAUGUGGAUUGCGGAGAUUGUAAUUUAUUCGUUCAUAAAUUUUUCAUUGACUUAUGCGAGAGCUCAUGAUUGGGUCAUUAAUUCUAGCGAGGCCGAGGUGCACUGAACCAUAACUGUAGCACACGGCCAUAUCUUAGUGGACGUUAAUCAGAGCUGUCUGAGACCGUUAUAUUUCAGCCAGUAGCUGCUGCAGUUUAAAUACCCUCAGCCAAUAAGGUGAGGACAGUCAUCAGCAGCCAGCCAAUAAAAUACACUGUUAAAAACUGUUAAAGAUCCAUUAUUCAUUUUCAUUUAAGACGAAGGGUAUAGGGUGCCGAGUGGCCAGUGGUCUAAAAUGCUGCCACUUUGAUUGGGAGAUCGGGUUUGAAUCCAGGUCAUGCAGCUUGCCAUCAGCUGCCGGAGCCUUGAGAGAGCACAAUUGGCCUUGCUCUCUCUGGGUGGGUAGAUGGCGCUCUUUUCCCUCAUUACUCCUAGGGUGCUGUCGAUCAGCACAAGUCGUCUGUGAGCUGAUGUCUCAGAACCGAGUCGCUUCGCUUUCCUCCGAGAGUGCUGUGAUGCUACUCGGCAAUGCUACAUCUUCACAUGUGUUAGAAGAGGCAAUGGGAAAAAACUGUAGGAUAUUAAAGAGAGUUUAUACUGCUUUUGUUGGAGUAACAGGCUCUAAUGUCCAGCUGUGUGGAUUUUAUUGUAUCCAGCAACAAGAGUAAUGAGAUUAGUGAGGUCAAGAUGUUGCUCAUCCCUAAAGUAUUGGAUGGAGCUCCAUCAAUCCUUCUCUAGCCCACACCUGGCAUUAGGCAUGGUGCCAGUAUAGGUGUGUUUUUUCUGCUCCAGAGAGUCCUAUUCUAUUAGCAGUACUUCUCUACAGGGCCUAGACUAACUGUAUGUGCAUUUGCACACGUGUGUCAGCAAUGAGUGCAUUUUUAAAGUAGCUAAAUACCACAAACAUUGGGAUAUAGUGUAUAUUAAAGCAGCAUUAUGAGAAAAUUGGUAUAUUUGCUCCUGUGUUUCCCCUACAGGUAGAGAGUGUAAUUCCCUUUUACACUACUAUGGUAAAUAUAAAUUAUAGCAGUAAGUUUAAUUAAAGUAAAAUUUACUGAUGAUCAGUGAUGGUUUGGAGAGACAUGUCAUCUGCUGGUGUUGAUCCACUGUGUUUUAUUAUCAAGUCUAAAGUCAGUGCAGUUUUGUUUUCCCACAAAAUCUUACAGCACUUCAUGCUUCCCUCUGCUGCUGACAACUUUUAUGGAGAUGCGGAUUUCAUUUUCCAGCAGGACUUGGCACACUGCCCACACUGCUAAAAAUACUAAUUGGUCUUAUAUAAUAUUCAAAUUUUCUGAGACACUGAUUAUUGGGUUUUCAUUGGCUGUAAGCCAUAAUCAUCAACAAUAAAAUAAAUAAACACUUAAAAUAGAUCACUCUGUGUGUAAUACAUCUAUAUAAUAUAGAGAGUUUCACAUUUUUAACUGAAUUACUGAGAUAAAGUAACUUUUCAAAGAUAUUCAAAUUUUUUGAGAUGGCCCUGUACAGUACUUACUGUUCAGAGGUUUAAGGCAUCUUAAGCACAUUAUGUAAAAGUGUUUUCACUGUAGAAGCUCCAGAAAAUUGGUUCAUAUAAUGAUAACUAUAUAUAAUAAUACUAGACACUCUUGAGCCUUGGAGAUGUUUUAAUGAACACAGUGAUUUGAAGCUACUACUGUCUUUAUGAAUGCUGUUUUGUGUUUAUUCUAAUACUAUAGUUUUACGUUUUUUUAAUGGAAGCGUACUGUACAGAUAAGCAGAUUUUACAUUCUAACUUUUCCCAGUGCCUGAAACGUAAACAGUAGUGUGUAGCGUAUUUCAUUCCCAGAAAUCAUUAGGCAAUAUCUGAUUGGUUUACAGUGUAUUAAGAUCAUUUUUUAAAAUUAAAUUGAUUGAGAAUGCCUUGUGCCUGCCUUUUUGUGAGGAUGCUGCGAUUACAGAUGGACUAUAUACAGCACAUCCUUUUUAUUCAGAUACUCUCUACUACACAACGCCACAACUGAAAGAGACCACAGGGCUGCUAAUGAGAGCUGUUGAAUGAAUGUGUAUAAUGUUUGCUCUGUAAAUAUGAUGAACUUAUAUAAUAUUAUAUAUUGAUAUGGAAUACAUUCUUUAGUAUUAAAAAUUGAUUAAUUGUAAA